UCUGCCUUGCUGUAACUUCCUUCGUCUUGGUUUUUCUUUUCUUCUUUCUCUCUCUUUCACUUUCACUUCAAUUCUAUUCAAUUCCAUUCGUUACUUUUUUCUGCUUCCUUCGGAAAUUCAAUUCAAAACUAUAAGCUGCCUUUUGUUUGGUUUCAUUCAUUCGUAGAUUUUAGUAUUUGGGAAUGUCAUACGCUUAUCUCUUCAAGUACAUCAUCAUCGGCGAUACUGGAGUUGGGAAGUCAUGUCUUCUUCUUCAGUUCACGGACAAGCGGUUCCAGCCAGUCCAUGACCUCACCAUCGGUGUCGAGUUUGGGGCUCGGAUGAUCACCAUCGACAACAAACCCAUUAAGCUUCAAAUCUGGGAUACUGCGGGUCAAGAAUCCUUCAGAUCUAUUACGAGGUCCUAUUACAGAGGGGCUGCUGGUGCAUUGCUUGUCUAUGAUAUAACCAGGAGGGAAACUUUUAAUCAUUUGGCUAGCUGGCUGGAAGAUGCAAGGCAACACGCAAAUGCAAACAUGACAAUAAUGCUUAUUGGUAAUAAGUGUGAUUUGGCCCACAGAAGGGCUGUGAGCACAGAGGAAGGGGAACAGUUUGCCAAGGAGCAUGGUCUGAUUUUUAUGGAGGCCUCUGCUAAAACUGCUCAGAAUGUUGAGGAGGCAUUCAUAAAAACAGCUGCUACCAUUUACAAGAAGAUUCAGGAUGGAGUAUUUGAUGUGUCAAAUGAGUCUUAUGGAAUAAAGGUUGGAUAUGGUGGCAUACCAGGACCAUCAGGAGGCAGAGAUGGUGGUUCUGCUCAAGGUGGAGGCUGUUGCAGUUGAAGUCUGAGAUCUCACCUGCUAAACUGAAAGCAUCCUGUCUAGUGUCUACUUGUUCUUUCUCAUUCUUCCCUUUUUCUUGUUUUUUCCUUUUUAUGGGUCUGAAUGUUACGACUUCCCCCCCUGCUCCUUUGCAACUUGUCCUAUAAUACAUCCAUGCUCAAAAUAUGAGAUAUUUGUAUAAUCCUUUCUGAAGUCUUGGGUAUUUGAUUGUAAAUUUAACAGUUAUUUCAUUCGUCAUUAGUUGUGUUGAAGAGGAUUACAAAUUGUGAUAACUGUAAGUAGUGAGUAUUGUUCUUGUCUGAUGAUCUAUAUAUGUAUGUUGGGUUGCAUUUACACA